GCCAGGGAGUACACAACAAACAAAAAGCGCUGGUUUGGUUUUGCUGCCAUCGUGAGUUCCAGUGCAAAUUCCAGUAGCGGGUAGUAACGAAUUGUGCUGCAUUGUUAAAGCUGCUUUGAAAAGAGGCUAAAAUUUGGGACCUUUCAAUUUGGAAACACCUGUCAGCAAAGGAUAUCAAGCUUCGGAGCAUCCAGCAAGACGAGAACCAAUAUUUCCAGGUCAUCCCGCUCGACUCAACCUUAAAACGUGCAGAAAAACGAUGUCAUCCGAAACGGUUUACGAUGUGGCAAUGCUGCCCUAAGCACACGGCAGGCUCUCGUGCCUACCCGAACCUUCCGAGCGCCCCAGAGUGUUCUAGAUUUCUAGAACAUUUCGCGCCCCUCACACACACACACAAAACGCCAUCCAAACUCGGAACAUUCGUCGACCAUGUCGGGACAGCACGGACGGUCGGUGUUUGUGAACUCCUGCAUCAAGAAGCCGCUCAGCCCGUCCAGCAAGCGACCGAACCCAUCAUUCCUGGUGCCCCAGUGCAGCCUCGACCGGGGGCUGGAGGAUCCGCGCACCCAGCAAGCGAUGAGCACGAUCACGCGCAAGAAGGCAUCGAUCAAGUGUCCGCUGGCCAGAAAUGGCCAGUAUCGCCGGUCCAAGUGCUGCUCGCUCACGCACCAGCUGCGCAAGGAGACGGACAGCUUUCAGACGAUGGUCCAGUUCUACGACAGCAUACCGGACUACAACGAGCUGCUGCAUCUGCCGCGCGAAGAGUUCUACUGCCGGCUGAACACGCUGAAGAAGAAGCAGCGCGAGCUCAAAUCGAUCUGCUUUACGGGGGAGCUGCCGGAGCGCCGGUCCACCAUCUGCCGUCCACCGCUGUCACCCGAGCCAGCGAGCGGUGAAGUUCAAGGGCUCGGCAAGCACGGCGACUACAAGAGCGGCGGCAGUGAGAGCGUUCCCUGUGCCCAGGGCGACGAUGGUGGUGCAUCGAACGCAGACGCUCGCCCGGGCGCAGGACUGGCAGAGGAGGACGGUGACUCGCUGCACUCCUGGAGCAAAUCGCCCCCGACGGUCGUAGACACGGCGCAGGAGAGCAAGGGCCCCUCGGACAGUGCGGCACGCAAAGGGUCCGCCAAGUCGGUGCGCAUCGAUAGCGGACCCAAGGAGUGUAACAGUCUGCGGGACGAGCUGGGUUGUGGUACACGGUACCGUUCCGGUACGCCGUACGUUUCCGAUCCGGACGAGAGCAGCGCACCGACGGCGAAGGACGGCGCCACGCCCACCGCCUCCACCGCCACGUGCGCGACGCCGACCGCCAGCUCGGACUUUGUCGAGCGGUACGAUCGGUACGUGAAGCGCAGCCUGCGCUGCAAAUCGGCCAGCCCGAUACGCAACCUGGCCAACGUGACCAUCCCGCAGCCGUACAAGAUGACGCAGCGCGAGGAGGAGCAGCGCACGCUGCAGGAGCUGCUGGUGGCAAGCAAGAGCGCCUUCCCGUCGAGGGAAGCGCUGGCCGACAGUGGGACAGCUCGGUCGACCCAGUUCCGGGCGAACCCGGUCCCGAUCACGUCCCGCAUACCGCUGUUCGAGACGAUCAUGGCGGACCAGGAGAACCGGAGCCGGCUGGCCAAGCUGAAUGCCGAGAUCGAGCUGCAGUCGCAGAUUAAGCCGUUUCACUUUUCCGAGCGUCUGAACCGGGGCCACAGUCGGUGCCUCAGCCGGAGCCUAUCGUCGCCGGCCCUGCUCAGUACGGGACUGGAGUCGGACGGGGGGUUGCGCCGGCCACGCCACACGUUCAAGGCAAAACCGUGCCCGAAGAAGCUGUUCAGUAGCUACUUUCACACGAAAGCCUGGGAGGACGAGUACUUUCGCCAUCUGAACAAGCGGCUACGGGCGGAGGAAAUGUUGCGGCAAGCCGCCCUCCCACCAUCGAUGGCCCGGCGGGAGCGGGCAGAGCGCAAGGGCGGCUGUCUAUCUCGCCACUCCGUCGGCGAGGAAACGCAACCGAAGGAACGGCCCGGCUCGUCGGGCAAAAAGUCCAAGCGCAAGCGAAAAUCGCGCAAACCAACCAAGCGGCGGAAAAGUGUGGAGGAAAAGUGUGCGGAAUACUUUGCGUCCGUACACGACCCGUCCCGGAUUCCGUACCCGACGAGCAACUCGAGCUGCAGCAACAGCACGGACAACAACCGUGGGUCGGGCGAUACGCCGGCACCGAUCUAUCCUGUCAACCGGCCGAACCUGGCCGCCACCCUGCGGACGGAAUGGUGCCGCAAGAAGCUGCGUGACAUGGAGCUGGAUGAUACGACCGCGGACAGGAAGAAGGCGUCCCGGUUCCGGUGGGGUGUGAAGAAAUCGCAAGCCUUUCAAAACCUUAACCUAGACCAUACGCACGAGGAAGAGCUAAACCUGCGACUAGCGACCAGGCGGGCCGAGCAGCGGCUACGCCAGGAGGAGCACGCCAUCAACAUGGAGCUGAUGAGGCAGCGCGUUAAGGCGGCCCCACUACUGCUGGAAGGACCGCCACAGUGGGGACCCCGGUUAGGCCAUGUGGCACAUCGCUGUGCGAGCUUAAACCGCGAAGCGGAACAAACCCUGCACCGCAGCAAGCCACCGGAGGGUAAGCUGGGCAAAACGAUCGCGCAGAAGCUGUCCGCCGGGGCAUCGAGCAAGAAGUGUGACUCACCCGUUACAUCGUCCAGCACCGGGAGCCACCAGGGGCGGGCAGGGACCGGUGAGGAUGUACGGCGGCAUCGACAAAGAACCGUAGCAGCGGAGCAGCGUCGCAAUGCCGGCAAUGGCAGCAAGCUAAGCACGUACUCGUUCGACUCGACCGGCAAGCUAAGCUACAAGGCAUGCGAUAGCGAGCUGCUGAGCCUGUCGGAUGCGUAGUGUGCGGCCGGCAAGGCGCCCGGUUGGACGGAGCUGGGGAUGGAUGACACAAUCAGAUGUAGGGAUUUAGCGCGUAG